AUGAUGCGGAGUACGAUCGCUACCUACAAAGAGAACCUGUCUCAGAUCGCUCUCGACGUCCAAGAUGCCGCCGAAGAGCUCGAGAUCUACAGAUCUGCUGCUGGCGAAGACGCUUCUGUUGCUGAUCGCCGGAUUUCUCACCGAUUCGCCCAAUCCAAGUCGCCGCAGUGGUCUCCCUUUCCCAAUGGAGUCGAUUCGGGCUUCAAAGCCGAGAUUGAGCAAUACAAAGCAGAAAUUCAGAGGCUUCAAACAUCCGAGGCUGAAAUUAAGGCAUUGUCAGUCAAUUAUGCAGCUAUACUUAAGGAGAAAGAGGAAGAACUUUCUAGAUUGAAUGAAGAAAAUGGCUUGUUGAGGAAAAAUUUGGCAGCUACAAAUGCCGUUGGUUAUGCAUCAAGAAAUGAAAGCCUCAGGACAUCGAUAAAUAAUUCAAGUGUGCACAAGGGUACUGGUGACAAAUCGCCUAGCCGGCAGCAAAGGCAUACUACUCAAGCAAGCAGUCGCCAUAUUGGAAACCACACACAAAAGGGCAUUCUUCCCAAACAAGAUGCGUUCAGCAAUGGUAGUGUGGAGGCUACUCAGUCCGAUGGAGUUCAAAGAAAGAUGGAGCUGAAACUUGUGAAUUUGCAAGGGGGUGAGAAGGAGUUUGCAGAUAUUCUAGAGGAGAACAGAGCUUUGGCAGCAAUUCGGGCUGAUCAUGAGUUGGAGAUAAAACAACUAAGGGCACAACUUGAAAAGGAACAUGAGAAUUUAGCGAACACAAUGCUAAAGUUACAAGGGGAAAGCAAGUUGAAUGAAUCGUCUCAAAAGGAGCUCCAUAUGUUAAAGAUGGAUAAGGACAAAACAUCUAUGGAGAUGAAGGAACUACGCAUCGAACUGAAUGAUAAAGUAUCAGAGAUGGAACGACUGCAAUCUGAGUUGAACAGAAGAGAAUUGGAAGAAGAAACAGAGGAACCUGCUAAGAGUAGUUUGAAAACUGUUAUUGCGACCUUAGAGAAGGAGAAUGCCAAUCUUAAGAGAGAGAAAGUUGAUCUUGAGGCUGCUUUGGAACGGUCUAUGAAGCACAAACCAAAUGGUGGAAAUUAUUUAGAUGAUUCACAUAAGCAUUCAAGUAAUUUAAAUGAGGCACAUGCAUCUGAAAAUUUGCUUGGGAAAGAAGACAUGUCACAGUCAGUGCUAUCAUUGACAAAAGCUUUGAAGGAUGCCUGCCGAGAAAGGGACAAGGCAUUGCAGGAAUUGGCCCGACUCAAGCAGCACCUGUUGGAUAAGGAACUUGAAGAAUCAGAUAAGAUGGAUGAGGACAGCAAAAUCAUUGAGGAACUUCGAGCAAAUUCUGAACAUCAAAAGGCUCAGAUAUUACGUUUGGAGAAAUCUCUGAAGCAGGCAAUAUCAAGUCAGGAGGAGAUUAAGAGGGUCAACAGUGAUGAAAUUCAGAAGUUGAAUGAAAUAAUCAAUGACCUAAAGAACAAACUUGCAAGCUGUACUAGCAUAAUUGAUUCGAAAAAUAUCGAACUGUUGAAUCUUCAGACUGCUCUAGGCCAGUAUUAUGCUGAAAGUGAAGCAAAGGAACGCCUGGGAAGAGAUUUGGCUGUGGCAAGAGAAGAAACAGCUAAACUUUCUGAGCUAUUAAAGGAUGCAAACCAAAGGAUGGAGAUAUCAAAGCGGGAAAAAGAAGAAUUAUUGGCUAAGCUUUCGCAUGCUGAAAGGUUGUUAUUAGAGGGAAAACAUACAGUACAAAAGGUCGAGGAAGACAAUUUAAAACUGCGUCGUGGCCUGGAGCAGAGCAUGACAAGACUUAGUAGGAUGUCAAUGGAUUCUGAUUACUUUGUUGACAGGCGGAUCGUGAUCAAACUACUGGUGACCUAUUUUCAGAGAAAUCACAGCAAAGAGGUUCUGGAUCUGAUGGUCCGCAUGCUGGGUUUCUCUGAGGAAGACAAGAAAAGAAUAGGCUUUGCUCAGCAAGUUGCAGGCAAAGGUGUUGUUCGUGGUGUCUUGGGUCUACCUGGACGCCUUGUUGGUGGCAUCCUUGGAGGAGGCUCAUCCGAUGUGUCAGCAGCUCAUGGGCCAUCUGAAAACCAGUCAUUUGCAGACCUGUGGGUUGAUUUCCUUCUCAAAGAAACUGAAGAAAGAGAGAGAAGGGUAACCGCCGAAGCAGGUGGGGCACCAGAGAGAACUCCCGAGCAGUGGACAAGCAAUCCUAGUUCUGGCUCCAGUUACCUAAGAGUAAGUUCUCCCGCAAACCAGAUUCCUAGCCCCCUGUCCAUGAGAGGGAAUCAGCUCUCCGAACAGUUGGAUACUGAGUUCUCAACAGUUCCUCUUACAUCGUCAGCUUCUCUGUUGCCAGAAAACAGUUCAAGAGCCUCCAGACUGCUUCCCAGAUACUAAGGAUUUGUGGAUGUGUGUAAUUAAGGUACAGAUUAUUACUGUUGGGUGGUAUACAGUUUAAUAGAAAUUUUCAGGCGAUUCAUUCAUUUUGGUUAGAUGAGGGAUUGAUGGGGGGCUGUUGUAUUGCCUUAUAGCAUAGCAAUAAGCUUUUUAAGUUCGAGGACAUUGCCUGAUUUCUCUUGCCUUUACUGCUGCUGAUGGAACAUAGAUCCCAGAUUUUUGGAUUGUUCGUACUGUCAUUCUCCGAACUUCUCAGGUGUCCCCUUUUUCUUGUUUUAAAAAACAUGAAAUGGCUUCGAAAUAAAUUUCAAAAUGGAAAUGAUAGUUUAGUUUA